AUGGAAAGAGCCCGGCGAAGGGGAGGCGGAGGCUGCGGCGGCGGCGGCGGCCGAGGGCGAGGCGGCGGCGGCAAGAACGUGGGGGGCUCCGGCCUGAGCAAGAGUAGACUCUACCCCCAGGCCCCGCACUCUCACUACCCGCACUACGCGGCGGCGGCGGCGGCGACCGCUCCAGCCGCUUCCACCCCGGCGGCGGCGGAGAUCCAGGAGCUGGCCUCCAAACGCGUGGACAUCCAGAAGAAGAGGUUCUACCUGGACGUGAAGCAGAGCUCGCGGGGCCGCUUCUUGAAGAUCGCCGAGGUGUGGAUCGGGCGAGGCCGGCAGGAUAACAUCCGCAAGAGCAAGCUCACCCUGUCCCUGUCGGUGGCGGCCGAGCUGAAGGACUGCCUGGGGGAUUUCAUCGAGCACUACGCCCACCUAGGCCUCAAAGGCCACCACCACCACCACCACCACCCCCGGCAGGAGCUCGGGCCCGGGAAGGAGCAGAGCUCCCGGAGGAGACCCAAGCAUCACCCCCCUCCGGCGCCCUCCCCACCCGGCUCGGUGGGCUCCGAGGAGCACCCCCACAGCGUCCUCAAGACCGACUACAUCGAGAGGGACAAUAGGAAGUAUUACCUCGACCUCAAGGAGAACCAGCGGGGUCGCUUCCUCCGCAUCCGGCAGACCAUGAUGCGGGGCACCGGCAUGAUCGGGUACUUCGGCCACGGUCUGGGCCAGGAGCAGACGAUCGUCCUGCCGGCACAAGGGAUGAUCGAGUUCCGCGACGCCUUGGUGCAGCUCAUUGAAGACUACGGCGACGGGGACAUCGAGGAACGCAGAGUCAACGACGACGACCCCCCGGAACUGCCCGAGGGGACUUCUUUCAGAGUGGACAAUAAAAGGUUCUACUUUGAUGUGGGCUCUAAUAAAUAUGGCAUUUUCCUGAAGCUCACAAAUUACCCUAAAUCCAGAGAGAAUAUCAACCCUUUUCAAUGUUGUCAAAUCCAACAUAAGGAACAGCCUUUUGCCACCACAAAAACAGUUGAGGAAUAAGGAAUAAAUCUCUCAUGUUAUACUUCAGAAUAAAGGCAUUUGGUGAAAGAAAUAAACCGAAGCUCAUCAUGAAUGCAAGGCUUUUGUACUUGACAUUCGUCCACCCGGAAAGGAAGACAGUUAUCAACACCAUUGGCAUCAUUUUCAAACUGAUCUUAUGUGCAGUAUCUUCUACCACAUCGGAGUACAUCUUGACUCUUAUCAGGUUUUCCUUUUGUUUUCAAUUCAUCAAAUCUUUUUAUUAAAAAAGAGAGAAAUCACUUGUUAGCAUUGAGGUGAAACUAUAUAGAUUUGAAAAUACUUUCUUAAGAGAUCAUGUAACUAUUCAACUCUGAAUUUAAAAGUAGAGGAGGAGGGAUCAUUUCAACCCACUGCCUCUGACAAUAAACACAUUUUUAAAUCUGUAACUGCUUUAGUGUUAACAGGGUACAAAGUGUUUUCUGUCCUGUAUUGUAUUUAAAAGGUUUUCAUUAUUGGUGAUUGUAUUGUACUGUAUGAAAACAAAUCAUAAAUUGCCUUGUAUUGUUUUAUGAGAGACCAAACCACAUAUACUUCAGUUUUCAUGUUCCAAGUUCUUCAGUGAUGCAUGUUAACAGUUAGGUCCUAAAAUUCUGUGGUGCUAAUUCUCCCAUAUCCAAUGGUGCUUUUGUGGAUGCUAACUGCACACAUGCUGAACAAAGCUUGAAGUUUCAACUCUCCUUUCUUCUUCUUCUUGUUUAUAUGAAGUAAAAUAAAACAACUUGAAUUUGUCUCAAAGUAUCAUUGACAAUCUAAUAAACUGGUUUAUAUGUGUGAUUA